AUGGCCCUGAACGCCAUCAUCACGGCAACGCGCCGCAUGGCGGCUGCCCCAACCCUCAUGGCCACUCGCGCCCUGAGCGCCCAGGCCCUGCGCGAAAAGUCGGGCAUGAAGGAGCGCUACGGCAACUUUAUCAACGGCGAAUUUGUUGCCCCCCUGGACGGCGAAUAUUUCGACAACGUCUCGCCCAUCAAUGGCGAGGUUGUCUGCCAGGCACCCCGCUCCAAGGCCAACGAUGUUGACCUUGCCCUCGAUGCUGCCCAUGCCGCCUUCCCGGCCUGGGGCAAGACCUCGGUGGCCGAGCGCUCCAACAUGCUCCUCAAGAUUGCCGACGCUCUCGAGAAGAACAUUGACCGCCUGGCGCUCCUCGAGACCAUUGACAACGGCAAGCCCAUCCGCGAGACCACGGCCGCCGACAUUCCCCUCGUUGUCGACCACUUUCGCUACUUUGCUGGCUGCCUUCGUGCUGAUGAGGGUAAGCAUCUUUCCAACCCAGCUCAA